CUCGCGAUAUGGGAUACAGCAGGACAGGAGCGCUUUAGAACACUGACUCCCAGUUAUUACCGAGGAGCUCAAGGAGUUGUUUUAGUGUAUGAUGUUACAAGAAAAGACACAUUCACAGGACUAGACAGCUGGCUGAAUGAGCUGGAAAUUUAUACCUCCAAAAACAGCAAUGUGAAGAUGUUAGUUGGCAAUAAAACCGAUAAGGAGCCUGAUCGGGAAGUAGAGAGAAGAGAAGGACUCCAGUUUGCUAGGAAACGCCAACUGCUUUUUAUAGAGACCAGCGCCAAGACACAGGAUGGGGUGCAACAUGCCUUUGAGGAACUAGCCAUAAAGAUCCUGCAGACCCCAGGUGUUUGGGAUAGGAAUGCAGAGAAGCAGCGAAUGCAGCUAACUGGAGCCUCAGCACAGCGGGAUAAAAGCUUCUGUGCUGUGUACUGUCCACUCGCUUAG